UUUAGCAAUUUGCAUUUGCACUAGUAAAAUUAUAAUUGUGGACGAAUUUCCUAAUAUAUUUCUAAAGUUUUCUGGUUCUCAAUGUGACAAACUUUUUAACAAAAGGUAAUUUGAAGAGUAAACAGAUUGUGAAGUAAGUAUGCACAAGAUUCUAGAGUUUCAAGCUGUCGUCCUAGCUGCGGGAAGAGGCUCAAGAUUGCCUGAUGUUGGUGGAAAAGUGUCAAAAUGUUUGUUGCCCGUGGGUCCAUAUCCCUUGCUUUGGUACUCAUUAAAUAUGCUCGAACGAGCAGGAUUUCAAGAAACUUUGCUAGUGGUUUUAGAUGAAGAUAAAUCAAGCAUAAUUAAUGCAUUAGAAAACUGCCCACUGAAGAUCAAGUAUGAUUUGAUAGUGAUUCCAUCCGAGGAGGACUGGGGUACUGCCAACUCGCUAAAACACAUCAGCAGUAGAGUAACAACAGACCUUAUUGUUGUGUCUGGAGAUCUUAUAAGUAAUGUAAACUUAAAUGACAUUUUAAACUUGUAUCGGAAACAUGAUGCCACCUUGGCUUCAUUAUUCUUUAAUAACGGACCAGAGGAGUGGAUUGAACUGCCAGGACUUAAAACUAAGGCUAAGCCAGACAAGGAUCUCGUAUGCAUAGACAAAGACACAGAGCGACUUGUGUUCCUAGCGAGUGCCAGUGAUUUUGAAGAGAAUGUGACUAUUCCUAGGCUGCUGCUCAAAAAGUUCAACACCGUCAGUAUGUUCAGUAGAUUAUUGGACGCUCACCUGUAUAUUAUGAAGAAUUGGGUUGUCAAUUAUGUGGUAGAGAUGGACAAAUUUACGUCCAUCAAAGGAGAACUCAUCCCUCAUAUUGUAAAAAAACAAAUGUCUAAACCCAAAAAUGCAGUUGAGAAAAAAGGUACCUCAGAAAAAGGUGUUGUUCUGACAAAGGAUAUAUUCGAUUUUGCCGUUAACCAGGGAUUUGAAGAUAAAAUAAGGAGUAUGUCCUCAUAUACUGAUCAUAGUUUUGGGUACAAACCUGUUUAUCAUGGAGAUAGAAUAAGAUGUUAUACACACAUACCACAUACAAAUACUUUUGGGUUGAGAGUCAAUACUCUAUCUGCUUACUACUUAGCAAAUAGUAAGAUAAUGUCCAAAUGGGACGAAAUAACCGGCACAACGCUAUCCAAUAAAUAUCAUCCAAACAGCGAGGUGAAAACAAAGCAAAUAGAUGAUGUGAGUACUGUGGGUGAGAAAAGCAUUGUCAGUGAGAAAACAUCAAUAAGAAACACCUCCAUUGGUAUGAAUUGCAUUGUUGAGAACAAGGUCAGGUUGACGAACUGUAUUCUAAUGAACAAUGUCACUGUUAAAGAAGGAUGCGUGCUUCAAGACUGUAUAGUAUACACGGGGGCCACACUAGAGAAUAACUGCUUGCUACAAUAUUGUAUUGUUGGGCCACACCACGUCGUACCAUCUUCUACGUCUGCCAAUCAUCAGCUACACGCUGAAACUACUGACAAUAUGAUAACCUUGGGAUAAAUUUUAAUAUAAUAUUAAUAUAUUAAAUAUAUUUUCACAAAUUUUAU